CCCCGAAGUCCUUUUUUUCUUUUUCUUUUUCUUUUUUUUGUUCUUGUGGCAACAAAAAAAAAUUGCAUAGUAUAUUUUUUGGGAAUAUCUGAAACUACCUUUGAGAAGAAAAAAAUAAUAUCCGAACAACGAAAGAUCGCCUGCGAAUUGCAACGGCUGCGACGCGAAAUAAAGUAGAGGUGAUUGUGAUUUGUGAAGCAACAUAGUUCUCAUAGUUUGACUUCGAUCUCAUUCCCUAUUUUGGUUAUCAAUUUCACCUCAAGCGCCAAAGUUAGGACUGCUGAUCGAACCCCUUCAUUUCAAUUUCAUUUCAAAUUGUAGGGUUUCAUUCAUCCCACAAAGCUCUGAAAGGGAGCUUGUUUGAGCUUUACCGUCGACGCGGAUAUACUUUCAAUACAUAAACCGCACCGAUUCCGCGACUGCCCGAACGACCCAGUACCAGAGAAUUGGAAGUGUGGAGAUGUGGACGUUCACAGCGAAUUUUCAGCAAUGUCCGACCUCCUCGAUUCCUUUCAUUUCCAUAACCUCACGUUCUUCGUAUGUUCGCGUUUGUUCGAAGCCGACGCUCACCUGCUCCGCCUUUAAGUCUCAGAUUGAGACUCUUAACGGAACCACAGACGGGAGGGUGUCUGAGAGAACUGAGAUUCGAUUUGGGUUGCCCAGUAAAGGCCGGAUGGCAGCCGACACCCUAGAACUUCUCAAGGAUUGUCAAUUGUCUGUAAAGCAAGUCAAUCCUCGACAAUAUGUUGCAGAAAUUCCACAGCUAUCGGGCUUGGAAGUCUGGUUCCAAAGGCCUAAAGACAUCGUUCGGAAACUGUUAUCCGGAGAUCUAGACCUCGGCAUCGUGGGUCUCGAUACAGUGAGCGAAUAUGGACAAGGUAAUGAAGAUCUUAUCAUCGUUCAUGAUGCCCUUGAAUAUGGGGAUUGCCGUUUAUCGCUUGCUAUACCCAAAUAUGGCAUUUUCGAGAAUAUAAAUUCAAUAUGGGAUCUAGCUCAGAUGCCCCAGUGGACUGCGGAGAAGCCUCUUCGAGUUGCUACUGGAUUUACUUAUCUCGGCCCCAAAUUUCUUAAAGAGAAUGGGUUGAAACAUGUCUGUUUUUCAACUGCUGAUGGAGCAUUAGAAGCUGCCCCUGCGAUGGGGAUAGCUGAUGCUAUUUUGGACCUUGUAAGUAGCGGGACCACGCUGAAGGAGAACAAUUUGAAAGAAAUUGAAGGUGGAGUGGUUUUGGAAAGCCAGGCUGUUCUUCUUGCCAGCCGAAAGUCCUUGAUUCAGAGGAAAGGUGCAUUAGACACAACCCAUGAGAUUAUUGAAAGACUGGAGGCACAUUUGAGGGCUGUUGGUCAGUUCACGGUGACUGCAAACAUGAGAGGAAGUAGUGAACAAGGAGUUGCCGAGCGUGUUUUAAGUCAAACAUCAUUGUCUGGGUUGCAGGGCCCUACUGUAAGUCCAGUUUUCUGCAAACGUGAUGGGAAGGUAGUAGCUGAUUACUAUGCCAUUGUCAUAUGUGUGCCCAAAAAAUCCCUGUACAAGUCGGUUCAGCAACUGAGAGCAAUUGGAGGAAGCGGGGUUCUAAUUUCGCCGCUGACGUACAUUUUUGACGAAGAAACUCCGAGAUGGAAUCAACUUCUCCAAGAACUCGGGCUGUAGUCGUUACAAUUAGUUACGUAGUGCAUGAGUUGUUAUAUUAAGAGAUUCUAGAAGGCGUCCUGUUUCUGGUGACCCUAGAAAGAGUACCUACCUUUCUCUUCCUUCCACAGAACCAACGAACUUCAGUUAUUUAUGUGUAAUCCUGAAACAGAUUCUCUGUGCAGUUUUUAUUUCAUUUUUUCCCUCGCGUCCUUUUGCCUUCAGAAGUAUAUAGUAGUGUUAAUUAAGGACUGUGUUCUGUUUCUCUCUUUUUUUCUGGAGGGUGGGAGGGGGAUUUGGUUCUCUGAAAUUAUACCUUAAAUUUUCUUAGUA